AUGGCGAUAAAUAUAUAUUUCAACUUGUUUCUAUCUAUCUAUCUAUCUAUCUAUCUAUCUAUCUAUCUAAGGCUGUUCAGAUCUAUCUAUCUAUCUCAGGCUGUUCAGAUCUAUCUAUCUAUCUAUCUAUCUAUCUAUCUCAGGCUGUUCAGAUCUAUCUAUCUAUCUAUCUAUCUAUCUAUCUAUCUAUCUAUCUAUCUCAGGCUAUUCAGAUCUAUCUAUCUAUCUAUCUAUCUAUCUAUCUAUCUAUCUAUCUAUCUAAGGCUGUUCAGAUCUAUCUAUCUAUCUAAGGCUGUUCAGAUCUAUCUAUCUAUCUAUCUAUCUAUCUAUCUAUCUAUCUAUCUAUCUAUCUAUCUCAGGCUGUUCAGAUCUAUCUAUCUAUCUAUCUAUCUAUCUAUCUCAGGCUAUUCAGAUCUAUCUAUCUAUCUAUCUAUCUAUCUAUCUAUCUAUCUCAUCUGUUCAUCUAUCUAUCCAUCUAUUCAGAUCUAUCUAUCUAUCUAUCUAUCUAUCUAUCUAUCUAUCUAUCUAUCUAAGGCUAUCUAUCUAUCUAUCUAUCUAUCUAUCUAUCUAUCUAUCUAUCUCAGGCUAUCUAUCUAUCUAUCUAUCUAUCUAUCUAUCUAUCUAUCUAUCUAUCUAUCUCAGGCUGUUCAGAUCUAUCUAUCUAUCUAUCUAUCUAUCUAUCUAUCUAUCUAUCUAAGGCUAUCUAUCUAUCUAUCUAUCUAUCUAUCUAUCUAUCUAUCUAUCUAUCUAUCUCAGGCUGUUCAGAUCUAUCUAUCUAUCUAUCUAUCUAUCUAUCUAUCUAUCUAUCUAUCUAUCUAUCUAUCUAUCUCAGGCUAUUCAGAUCUAUCUAUCUAUCUAUCUAUCUAUCUAUCUAUCUAUCUAUCUAAGGCUGUUCAGAUCUAUCUAUCUAUCUCAGGCUGUUCAGAUCUAUCUAUCUAUCUAUCUAUCUAUCUAUCUAUCUAUCUAUCUAUCUAUCUAUCUAUCUAUCUAUCUCAGUCUCUUCAUAUCUCUCUACAUAUUAUAAAUAUUACUUCACGUUUUUUUCUAUCUAUAAAUUGUAUGCUACAGUUUCUUUUUUUCUUGCUUUCUUCCUUUUCUUUCUUCCUUCCCCUCCUUCCUUCCCCUCCUUCCUUCCUUUCUUUCCUUCCUUCCUUCUUUCGUCCCUUUCCUUCCUUCCUUCCUUCCUUCCUUCCUUCCUUCCUUCCUUCCUUCCUUCGUUUCCUUUCUCCCUUCAAUCUUUCAUUCCUUCAAUCCCCCUUCCUUCCUUUCCUUUCUUCCUUCUUUUAUUUCCUUCUUCCCUCCCUUCCUUCCUUCGUUCCUCCGUUCGUUCCUCCGUUCGUUCCUUUCCUUCCUUCCUUUUUUCCUUCCUUCCUCCCUUCCUUCGCUCCUUUGUUCCUUUCCUUCGUUCCUUCGUUCCUUUCCUUUCUUCCUUCGUUUUUUCGUUCGUUCGUUCCUUUUCCUUCGUUCCUUUCCUUCGUUCCUUUCCUUCGUUCCUUCUUUUUUCCUUCCUUCCUUCCUUCCUUCCUUCCUUCCUUCCUUCGUUUCCUUCCUUCAAUCUUUCAUUCCUUCAAUCCUUCCUUCCUUCCUUUCCUUUCUUCCUUCUUUUUUUCUUCCUUCCUCCCUUCGUUCGUUCGUUCGUUCGUUCCUUUCCUUCUUUCCUUUCCUUCGUUCGUUCGUUCGUUCGUUCCUUUCCUUCCCUUCCUUCCUUUUCUUUCUUCCUUCUUUUUUUCCCUUCUUCCCUCCCUUCCUUCCUUCGUUCCUCCGUUCGUUCCUUUCCUUCCUUCCUUUUUUCCUUCCUUCCUCCCUUCCUUCGCUCCUUUGUUCCUUCCCUUCGUUCGUUCGUUCGUUCGUUCGUUCUUUUCCUUUCUUCCUUCGUUUUUUCGUUCGUUCCUUUCCUUCGUUCCUUUCCUUCGUUCCUUUCCUUCGUUCCUUCUUUUUUCCUUCCUUCCUUCCUUCGUUUCCUUCCUUCCUUCAAUCUUUCAUUCCUUCAAUCCUUCCUUCCUUCCUUUCCUUUCUUCCUUCUUUUUUCCUUUCUUCCUCCCUUCGUUCGUUCGUUCCUUCCUUUCCUUCUUUCCUUUCCUUCGUUCGUUUGUUCGUUCGUUCGUUCGUUCCUUCCUUCCUUUCCUUCCCUUCCUUCAUUUCUUUCUUUCCUUCCUUCCUUCCUUCCUUCAAUCUUUCACUCCUUCAAUCCUUCCUUCCUACCUUCCUUUCCUUUCUUCCUUCUUUUUUUCCUUCCUUCGUUUCUUUGUUCCUUUACUUCCUUCCUUCAUUUCCUUCCAUCCUUCCUUUCCUUUCUUCCUUCUUUUUCCUUCCUCUCUCCCUUCCUCUCUCCCUCCCUCCCUUCCUUCCUUCCUACAAUCCUUCGUUCGUUUGUUCCUUCCUUCCUUCCUUCCUUUCCUUCCCUUCCUUCAUUUCUUUCUUUCCUUCCUUCCUUCCUUCAAUCUUUCACUCCUUCAAUCCUUCCUUCCUACCUUCCUUUCCUUUCUUCCUUCUUUUUUUCCUUCCUUCGUUUCUUUGUUCCUUUACUUCCUUCCUUCAUUUCCUUCCUUCCUUCAUUUCCUUCCAUCCUUCUUUUCCUUUCUUCCUUCUUUUUCCUUCCUCUCUCCCUUCCUCUCUCCCUCCCUCCCUUCCUUCCUUCCUACAAUCCUUCGUUCGUUUGUUCCUUCCUUCCUUCCUUCCUUCCUUCCUUCCUUCCUUCCUUCCUUCCUUCCUUCCUUACACAGAUAUCCUGAGAUCAUCUCAGUGAAAUCUCAGUAA